AUGUUUGUCUCCUCCUUCACUCCCUGCCUCCCUUCCCAUAUUGUAACGCUUGUGCCUUCUGGACGUAAUGAAUGCGCAACAGGUAUUGCAGCGCACUUUUUCGAUAGUUCCGAAGAUGCGGUAGAACGUUCCGACGGAGAACAGCGGCUUGCCCACGCUGCGGCGACUAACUUCGCCGAUUACCUCACGUCGCUAGUCAAGGAACUGGACCGUGAAGACAACCCGCCGCAUAUCCGUGCUGCUGCUGGCAUCGCAUUGAAAAACGCGUUUACUUUCCGAGAUCAGGCCAAGUUGCGCGAAGCGCAGCGGCGAUGGGCUGUUGAGAUCCCCGCGGAAACCAAGGCGCAAGUCAAGGAAUCCGCGCUCAAGACGCUGCACACAUCCGAUCGCCGAGCCCGAAGUUGCGCAGCUCUUGUUAUUGUGUCAAUUGCCGCUAUUGAGCUACCGCGAAGUGAGUGGCCUGAACUAAUGCAGACCCUCGUGCAAAAUGUGGCGAGCGGGACCGACGCCCUGAAGCACUCAUCGCUGACCACCAUUGGCUUCAUUUGCGAGUCUCAAGAUGUCGACCUCCGCGCCAGCUUGCCGACACAUUAUCAAGCCAUCUUGACCGCGGUUCUGCAGGGAGCUCGCCGUGAGGAGCUCAACACGGAGGUCCGUUGUGCUGCCAUCGCCGCUCUGGGUGAUACCGUGGAUUUUAUGCGCCCCAGCAUCGACAAUGAGGGCGAGCGGAACUACAUCAUGCACAUCGUGUCUGAGGCCACUCUGACUGAGGAUACUCGUAUCCAGACCGGUGCGUUCGGCUGCUUGAGUCGUAUUAUGGGUGCCUUUUACGAUAGAAUGCCCUUUUGUAUGGAAAACGGUCUACUUGACCUGAGCAUCGUAGGCAUGAAGAACAGGAAUGACGACGUUGCAAAGCUGGCCAUCGAGUUCUGGAGUACAGUGUGCGAGGAAGAGAUCACCAUCGGCAAUGACAAUACGGUGGCCUAUCAUGAAGGUUUAGAGCCUCGCCAGCUUGCCGGGUUUGCCCGUAAUGCUACUCGUAAGGCAGUCCCCGUGUUACUAGAGGCUAUGUGUCGACAGAACGAGGAAAUUGGCGGUGAUGAGUAUGACGUGUCGCAUGCCGCAUAUCAGGCUCUUCAAUUGUAUGCUCAGUGUGUUCGGGACGAUAUCGUCUUGCCUGUGGUCACGUUUGUGGGGGAAAAUUGCCGUAACGAGGACUGGCGCCGACGAGAUGCCGCGGUGGCUGCAUUUGGAGCUAUCAUGGAGGGCCCCGAGCCCAGUGUGCUGGAGCCUUUGAUUAAGCAAGCCUUGUCCUUGCCUACUGGCCUUCUUGGGAUGAUGAAUGAUAGCGCUCUCCAAGUGAGAGAUUCUGCUGCCUACGCCCUGGGUCGGGUGUGCGACAGCUGCCCCGAGGCAUUGGACCCUGAUCUUCACCUGCAGCCUUUGAUCGCUGGCCUCUUGAACGGCAUUUCUAGCGACCCCAGGAUGGUUGACUCCUGCUGCUGGGCUCUGAUAAACGUUGUCGACCGCUUUUCGGGAGAUGCUGGUUCUGGAACUAACCCUCUUUCUAAGCAUUUCAAGGACAGUGUCAGAACCUUGCUUGCGGUGACUGAACCUCCGCACGCUGAUGGCCUCCGCACCGCUAGUUACGAGGUACUUAUCUCUCUCGUCCUAAACUCGGCCACUGAAAACCUCGCCGAAGUUUCUGCUCUCUUGGACGUUAUCAUUCAGCGCCUGGAGCAAACCAUCCCCUUGCAACAGCAGGCCGUCAACACCGAGAACCGGGGUCUCCUCGAAGGCAGGCAGACAUCUUUGAUUAGCGUUAUCCUGGCUAUUGUUCAGUGUCUAGGGAUUAAGAUCACCCCUCAGGCCGAUCGAAUCAUGUAUGUCCUGCUUCAGGUCCUGUCAACUCACCAAAUACAGUCAGGCAUUUCCGAUGUUGCUUUCACUACCAUUGGUGCUGUUGCUAGCGCCCUUAAAGAGGGUUUUGGUGGAUAUAUAGUUCCCCUCGAGCCUUUCAUGGUCAACGCAUUCCACCAUUCAACUGAUCCUAGUUUCUGCUCUAUAACCAUCGACCUUAUCAGUGAUGUUGUUUGUGCUUUGAACGAGACAGUCAGGCCCUUAUGCCAUAAUUUCUUAAAAGUUCUUGUGGAUGUCCUGCCCAACUCUCCCAAACAACUCAUACCUGUCAUUUUACAAACCUUUGGCGACAUUGCCCAGGCUAUGGGCUCUACCUUCAAGACUCACCUGCCCGUUGUCGGUCGAGAGCUUCAGGGAUUUACCUCGAUGGUCACCAAGCCUCAACUGCCUCUUGAAAUGGGGGAACACAUUAUCGCUAUUCGCACGGGUAUCCUGGAUGCUUGGGAUGGUAUCAUUCUUUCGUACAAGGGUGACUCCGACGUCGAUCAACUCCACCCCUUCAUUGAGUCUAUUUUCCAACUUCUGCAUAUCGUCUCCCAAGGAAGCAAUCGUGAGGAGGGUCUGAUGCGGUCUUCGAUGAGUGUGAUAAGUAACCUUGCAGAGGCAUUCCCCAAAGGAGAGCUUGCGGCCUGUUUUCGUAACCUCUGGAUCACAAUCCUGAUUCGAGAAAUUUGCACAGCCCGCCAGUAUAGCCAGCAGACCAUUGACAUUGCUCGCUCGAGUCGUGUGCAGGUCAAGCACCAGAUUAACAUGAGUGCAGAUGCCGCUUGA